AGUACCACCGCUAGACCCCUGUUAUUGGUUUGUUAACAAAAUAGAGAAAACGUGCACAGGUGUUGCCGUCCUGCCGGCACAGAAGUGUCCAUCAACGAAUGCGGGGUUGCUAACUGGCUAAGGCGACGACAUCUACGGCCUCUUAGUGAACACAAUAUAAAAUGGCGAACACAGCGCAUCCUCCGGUGAACCCUCUAUCGAACCUCCCUGGCUAUACUUUCCAAAAGGCUCUCGGGACAGGAGCAUUUGGUUCGGUGCUUCUGUACAGGAGGCAGUUAUCCGCGGGCGGCCCAUUUGAGGAUGUGGCGGUGAAGGUUAUAUCUAGAGAGGAAUGCGCGGACUUCAACCUGGUGUCUCGGGAGGUGCACAGUCACCGCCAGCUGGUGCAUCCUCACGUUAUCCGCUUUAAGCGGCUCGGUCUAACUCCGGACAGGCGCUUCCUGUACAUGGCGAUGGAGUACGCGGACAGGGGUGACCUGCUGGAUUACCUGAGGCGGCGGGGGCGCUUCCGGGAGCACGAGGCGCGAUGGUUUUUCCAGCAGCUGGUGUUCGGGCUGGACUACUGCCACCAGCGCGGGGUGGUCAACCGCGACCUCAAACCGGAAAACCUGCUGCUAAAGCGCACGCCGGAUGCACGACAGGAGCUGACGCAGGGCGACCUGGAGCACCCGUUUAACUUGCACCUCAAGAUCGCGGACUUCGGGCUGUCCAAGGAGGGGGUGCACUCGCUGCCCAAGAGCCGCGUGGGCACCGUCACCUACAUGGCGCCCGAGGUGCUGCGCGCGGGGCCCAGCCGCAGAUACGACGGACACAAAGCGGACAUUUGGUCAGCCGGAAUCGUGCUCUACGUCAUGCUCUUCGCGCGCGCGCCCUUCGACGACCCCCUCGCCACCACGGAUAAGGCCCGCCGCGACGCCACCAUGCAGCAAAUCCUGCGCGGCGAGUGGACUGCCCCCGCCUCCGUCCCCGUCUCCCCCGAGUGUCUCGACCUCCUCCGCGGCAUCCUCGCUGCGGACCCAACCGUCCGACUGACCCUAGCGCAAAUCAUGGCUCACCCCUGGUUCUCCGUGGGCCUCCCGCCGGCAGCGCUGACCAUGAAUACCGUGCUUGUACGGCAGCAAACGCAGCAACCGCCGCCGUACGAGCAGAGCGUGGAGGAGGUGAAUGCCGUACUGCUGGAGGCGCAGCGGAAGGCGGGAGGUGGAGGGGCGGGGGGCGGCGUGGGGGACAUGUCGGACUCGGGUUUCAUGACCAUGAUCGAGGACGAGUUGGAAGAGGAGCAGCGGCGCGGUAACGCGCCGUUCAUGGUGGAUCCGUACCCGGGCCAGGCAGCCGGACAGGCUGGCGGAAGGCAGGCAGCGGGACAGGCGGCAGCGGCAGCGGCUCGUAGGUAAUGAAACGGAAAGCGCUGCGGGGCCGCGGUGAGGAGCAAACAGGGGCAUU